AUGGCUCUGGUUGUUUCUCUCCCAAUCGGAACUCCACCACAAGCGCAACAGAUGGUUUUAGACACCGGUAGCCAGUUAUCAUGGAUCCAGUGCCACAACAAAACCCCUACGGCGUCGUUUGAUCCGUCUCUCUCUUCCUCUUUCUCUAUCCUCCCCUGUAAUCACCCUAUUUGUAAACCACGAGUUCCCGAUUUUACCCUCCCCACUACUUGUGACCAAAAUCGCCUUUGCCACUACUCUUACUUCUACGCAGAUGGUACUCUCGCCGAGGGUAAUUUAGUCAGAGAAAAAAUUACGUUUUCUCGUUACCAAAGUACCCCUCCUAUCACCCUCGGAUGUGCUACUGCUUCCGACGAGGCCGAGGGUAUUUUGGGAAUGAACCUCGGACGAUUGUCCUUCGCUUCACAAGCUAAAAUUUCCAAGUUCUCUUAUUGUACUCCUACACGUCAAAAUAAUGCCAAAAUUAAACCCUCCGGAGCUUUUUACCUAGGUCAAAAUCCUUACUCCAAAACAUUUAAAUACGUUGACAUUUUGACUUUUCCCAAUAGUCAACACUCUCCCAAUUUUGACCCUUAUGCAUACACCCUCGGGUUAAACGGUAUCCGAAUCGGAGCGAAACGAUUAAAUAUUUCGCGAUCAGUGUUUCGACCAGACGCAGGUGGGUCCGGUCAGACACUGAUCGACUCAGGUACUGAGUACACGUACUUAGUGGACGAAGCGUAUAAAAAGAUCCGGGAAGAGAUCCUCCGACUCGCGGGGUCAAGAUAUAAAAAAGGGUACGUGUAUCGCGGAUCGUUGGAUUUGUGUUUUCAAGGAAAUGCGAUGGAGAUCGGACGGUUGAUAGGGAACAUGGUGUUUGAACUUGACAAGGGUGUGGAAGUAGUGAUUGGAAAAGAGAGGGUAUUGGAUGAUGUGGGCCGUGGGAUUAGUUGCUUGGGGAUCGGACGAUCAGAAGGACUAGGUGUUCCUAGUAAUAUUAUAGGGAAUUUUCAUCAGCAAAAUCAAUGGGUGGAAUUUGAUAUUGUGAAUCGAAGAGUGGGGUUCGGUGUAGCUGAUUGUAGCAGAUCAGUGUGA